CAUGGCAAUACAUAUGGCUAGUUGUUGUAUCAAUCAAAAUGAUAGACGGUAAAGAACGAACUGAUUGGAUAAGCAGAUUGUCUGGCAAGCUCGUGUAUGUAAACUGUCGCGUGUGUUGUUGAGUCUGCGCUGAAGGAAAGAGGAGGGCCUUGAAGACAGUGUUUUUAUUUAUUUCUUUGUUUCAGUGGAAAAAACAAUAACAACGAUAGCUGCAUUACUUGAAAUCCUUCCUUAGUAGGUACACUCAACCAAGAAAGAAAACUGGAAAAUACAACAGUAAGAAUUGAAAAGCCAAAGCGAAGGAGGGGAGGAUGAAGCGGCGCAAUGCGGACUGCAGCAAACUCCGACGGCCGUUAAAACGGAACCGAAUCACCGAGGGUAUAUACGGCAGUACGUUCCUGUACCUGAAGUUCCUGGUGGUGUGGGGGCUGGUGUUGCUUGCAGACUUUGUGCUGGACUUCAGGUUUGAGUACCUGUGGCCCUUCUGGCUCUUCAUCCGGAGUGUGUACGACUCCUUCCGCUACCAGGGCCUGGCGUUUUCAGUGUUCUUUGUGUGUGUGGCGUUUACAUCAGAUAUCAUUUGCCUGCUCUUCAUACCUGUGCAGUGGCUCUUCUUCGCAGCCAGCACCUACGUCUGGGUGCAGUACGUGUGGCAUACAGAAAGAGGAGUGUGUCUCCCAACAGUAUCGCUAUGGAUACUCUUUGUAUAUAUCGAGGCAGCUAUCAGAUUCAAGGAUCUGAAAAACUUCCAUGUGGACCUGUGCCGUCCAUUUGCGGCACACUGUAUUGGCUACCCGGUGGUGACGCUGGGCUUUGGCUUCAAGAGCUACGUCAGCUACAAAAUGCGCGUGCGCAAACAGAAAGAGGUGCAGAAGGAGAAUGAGUUCUACAUGCAGCUCCUGCAGCAGGCCCUGCCACCAGAGCAGCAGCUGCUCCAGAGGCAGGAGAGGGAAGCGGAGGAAGCUGCAGCCGCCAAAGGGAUGUCCGAGGACUCUCAGACGCCCGUGUCCCAGAACGGAGGCCCCGCCGUGGGCAAGAAGCCGUCCUCGGGGCCCCUGCCCGAGCUGGAGUACCGGGAGAAGGGGCGCAAGGGCCAGGGGUCGUCGGGGGCCCAGCAGAGCGGCGACAGCAGCAGCAGCAGCAGCAGCAGCUCCAGCAAGGAGCAGGAGUACAUGGAGACGCAGCCCAACGGCAACAGCAAGAGACUGAGCCACAGCGACAGUGCCGAGAACCUGCUGCUCAAGGAGGAGAACUCCUUCUCCUCCUGCUGCUCCUCGUCCUCCUCGUCCAACUGCAACGCCAAGAACCAGAAGAACGCCAGCGCGGCGGCAGCAGCAGCGGCGGCGGCGGGCAACUCCUCGCCCCGGGGCAACGGCACGGCCAACGGGAGCGUGCCGUCCUCGGCCCAGCAGCCCGUAGCCUCGGGCAAGGGCGACAAGAAGCAGAGGAGCGGCGGGGGCAAGGGCGCCUCCGCGUGUCACAACAAAGACACGCUGGAGAACUGCAUCCCCAACAACCAGCUCAGCAAACCAGAGGCACUGCUGAGGCUGGAGCAGGACGUGAAGCGUCUGAAGGCGGAGCUGCAGGCCAGCCGUCAGGUGGAGCAGGACCUGCGCAGCCAGCUGGGGGCUCUGGGCAGCGCCGAGAGGAGCGUGCGCUCCGAGCUCGGACAGCUGCGGCAGGAGAACGAGGUCCUACAGAACAAGCUGCACAGUGCGGUGCAGGGGAAGCAGAAGGAGCGGCAGGCGCUGGGCUCGCUGGAGCGCAGGCUGAAGCAGGAGCAGGAGGCGCGGGCAGCUGCCGAGAAACAGCUGGCCGACGAGAGGAAGCGCAAGAAGCUGGAGGAGGCCACGGCCGCCCGCGCUGUCGCUCUCGCCGCCGCCUCACGAGGGGAGUGCACAGACUCCUUGCGGAGGCGAAUCUCGGAGCUGGAGACAGAGUGCAAGAAGCUCAGCAAAGACCUGAAACAGAAAGAGGAGCAGAUCCACGAGUUGGAGCUCACAGUGCAGGAGCUGCACAAGUAUAAGGAGAACGAGAAGGACACGGAGGUGCUGAUGUCGGCGCUUUCGGCGAUGCAGGAGAAAACCCAGCACCUGGAGAACAGCCUGAGCGCCGAGACGCGCAUCAAGCUCGACCUCUUCUCUGCGCUGGGCGACGCCAAGAGGCAGCUGGAGAUUGCACAAGGUCAGAUCCUGCAGAAGGAGCAGGAGAUCGCCGACCUGAAGCAGAAGAUCGCCGAGGUGAUGGCGGUCAUGCCCAGCCUGGCCUACUCGGCAGACACCAGCAGCAUGAGCCCCGUGGCGCCGCACUACUCCUCCAAGUUCAUGGACACCACCCCGUCCGGCCUGGACCCCAACGCUUCUGUCUACCAGCCCCUCAAGAAGUGACCGACCGGCCUCCUUCUCACCGUCCCUCUCCCACCUUUUUCUUUUUCUCUUUCUCUCGUUCUCUUUCUCUCUCUCUCUCUCUCUCUCUGCCCCUCUUUCUUUCUUUCUCCCUCCAUCAUGGAGGACAAAGAGGGGCCCAGAACCAGAGGAACUCUGCAUGUCUGCGGCUUAGAAUGUUCUCUAUCUCUCUUCUAUUCCCUCCUCCUCAUCCCUUUCUCUUUUGUUUUUCUCUUCCUCCUUCCCCCUCUCCCCCCAUCUGGCCGGCGCAGCAGAAGGAUGUCGUGUUGUGUGACUGUAUUUGUCGUAGUAAAAACUCAAAAGACACAAAAAAGAGACUUCAAGAGAUGGUCUACUAGGACGUUUUUUUCUCUCUCGUUGAAGUCAGGAAACCUCACAGAAACGACGUUUCAUCUUACAUUUAAGCAUAAGGAAAGGAAUCCCCCCCUCAUACCCCCCCCCCCCCCCAAAAAAAAAAAAACCCUUUCUUGUCAGUCUGUUUCUUCUCAGCUUCACUCAAUCCAUUGGAGUUUAGCUGUAGAUUGAGUAGGGUUAGAUUGGGGGGUUGUUGUCUAUCUUCAACACACGAAUUCUACUCACAUGCUGGUCCUGGCUCAACAAAAGUCACCUGCAAAAAAAAAAAAAAUGUCACCACCGGUGGCUACAAAGGAAUGUAAUAAAUUGUGGACUUGCUCCGUGAUAGAACUCCAUGUCUUGUUUGAAUCCCAAGAACAGGAGGAAACCCUUGUCUCCAAGCACCCCCUGCCACGAUACGAUGAACAGGUUUUUGGUUACGUGAUAUGCCAGCCUUCAGUUUAUUUGGAGCUCAAAUGGAAAUGUUCCCAGAUUAAAGAAAAAAAUAAAUCCAGCAAAGUGAAAUUUUCUUUUAAAAAGAGCAUAAAUGCAAGCCUGUUCAGUCCCUUAAAACCUUAAAUCGUUCCCCCCCUAAGCUCUGCCCCUUGUGUUCAGGUCAAACGUCCCUCAAAUUAAAACUGAUCAGUGCCUUGAGAUAGCAGCUCAUUGAUGGACUGGACUCCCUUGCCCAGCCAAGGUGCCCAUCAGAGUCCGCUGUGCUCUGUCUCUUGGAUUGAACAGGUGUGAGAGAGCUACAUUUGGUUAGCCAAUGGGGAGCUGGCUGAGGACUGGUUACAUAGAAGCCUAGCUGAAGCCUUUGGUGGGUCAUUUGCAGAACUAGAGCACUCGCUGGAAGUUUCCGUCGAGUGCUGUAGCGGUCAUGGCAAAGUGACCUGCACAAGGCCUUCAGGCUUGGUUAGUCAGAGCCCUCGUGCGCUUCAACCUGUUGUUAUUGGCCUCUUUGUAGAAGUCUCGCAGUCAUGUGUCCAAUCAAGAGAUAGAACAGCCCUGACCUUGGUGGAUGCUGUACCCCCUGGCAAUGUCACUCCUCUAUAGCAGUCCCAGGAACCAAAUCACAUGUGAAGCUUCCUGCUGCCACAGCAACACUCCUGGCCAGAUCGGCCCCGUGGUUUACGUCAUUCAAGUGGACAUCAAUGUUAUAAUGAUUCAUAAUUGGACAGCGUAUGAGGGAAUGAGGGGAAUUGCCCAGAUUAUGCAGGCCUGUUGAAUGACAAGUAGUUCUGUUGAUUAUUGCAUUAUUAUUCUGUUUUCAUAUGGCAGUGUUAAGACAGUAUCUGACCGCAGUCCUUGCCACAACCGAAGCUUGUUUUGAUUUUUUUCACUGGGGGGGCUUUUGGGUUUCAGCGCCCCAGCGCAUCCCUGUGGAAAAGGACCGACUCUGGCUCAUGUUUAGCGUCCUCCCCCGGCAGCAAAAGGUUCAUAGAGAUGUGUCCUGUCUGCAGCGUUCUGCCAUGGUGGAGCCUUGCCAGUGCAUCACUGACCUUAGUGAGCCCUGGAGGAAUGUCACUGUAUUUUCAUUUUGCUCAAGGCAAAAAGUAUUAGUGAUGCAGUACGUUGAGGCCAAAAAAGUUUACCUGUUCUGCUUAAUGUUUAUGUCCCCUCAUGCAGGGCUUAGAUUGAUUGAUGGAUUUAUGUGAUUUUUGCUGUCAUUUCAUGUGGUUGGUUCUUCUGAGUGUUUACGUGGUAUGCUGGACAAACAGAUUUUCUUUUUUUAAGUGCAGAUGACAAUGGUUCCAGUGUUUGGAAAUAAUGGUAAAAGGUCAGUCAGCUGAACGUUUAAUGGGAAAAACAUUUGUUUGUUGGUUUUUUUUUUGUUUUGUUUUUUUCUUUUUGCCCUUGGUCGCUUCUCGCUCUGUCUCUCUCCUCCAGUCUGGAUCUCAGUUGCGGUCUCUUUCUGUGAGGUUUUCAAGGGAUUAAAGAAGGGUUUUCUUGCA